UGAAAGCUAACACAACUCAGCCGCCACGCGCGGCUUUGCAGCCAGCUCAAAGGCAGCGCGCGUGCCAGGGAUUUUCUGGUGGUCAGCGCACCUCCGUGACGUAAAUAGAUGUACUGGGACUGGAGUCAAGGUACACAUUUCAUGCACCGAUUUUUAUGUGUUUUAAUUCUGCGGACUAACUUACAAGGUUUCAUGGACGACGAGAAAGAAUGAGAAAAGGGCCAGCAUUUUCCGAUUGCCACUGGUCUGCUCCUUCAAGUAUCAUCAUUUGUCUCUGCUGUCUGAGAGGAUGUUCUCAAGAUUUAAGCGUCCAACCCAGCUGAUGUGACACAGGCAGCAGUGCAAAUCAAACAAAACUAAUUGAAUUGUCUACCACCGGAUACUCUUUCAGCGUUACUGAUCAAGGAGUCUCAACAUUUAAAAUAAUGUUCAAUUUUCAUUUAUAUUAUCAGCUACUGGUGGACUGAAUUGACGUUUUGUGACAACUGUUAUCAAUUUUUAUUGUGAAGUGAUUCAUUCGAUUGGAUAUGCGUUAAGAUGCUCACAGGAUGCUGUGACAGAAAAUGUGUUGCUUGGAGAAGCUAAAAUGUUUGCAGAAAUGAACAAAGAACUGUGAUGGCUAUACCAAAUUUACUUUUCUGAGAGAACAGCUUAAUCGAAGAGAUCUGUUCACUUUGGACAUUGAAUUCUCGUUCAUUUGCAAUAUGAAGGGGUGUACGUCAAAAAAUCACCUGCUGGAAGGUGUCCACUGCCCUGCGGUCAAUGAUACCGUUUUGUGUUGGCCCCCUGCGGCACCCAAUUCUACAGUAUCUCUACCAUGUCCUUUUGGCCUCAUGGGAUCAGGUUUGGUUGCGUAUCGAACGUGCGACCCAGAUGGCACAUGGCGGGACAACUACACUGACUACCACUUGUGCUUCAACGUCACGCUACCCCGGAACGUGCCCAAUGACGUAGUGGAUGAGGAACAGCAGCAAGAGGACUUUAGUGAACUGUACGUUGUGCUCAAAGACAUCUAUUUUGUCACAAGCAUUGUGUCUCUCGUCUUCCUCCUCGUUACACUAUUCAUCUUCUGCUACUUCAGAUCUCUCCAGUGUAGUCGCAUCUCCAUCCACAAGCAUCUGGUCUUCUCCUUCAUCGUCCGCUUCGUGCUCAUCCUGCUGCAGGUAUACCCAUACGUCAUCAACUCCUACAUCUGGUACAGGGAACUGGACUGGUUGUGCAAAACUAUGAUCACCCUCCAGAAAUACGCCCAGAUGUCCAAUUUCGCGUGGAUGCUGGUAGAAGGAAUCUACCUUCACAACCGGUUGGCAGUCUCUGUCUUCACGUCUUCUGCGCCAUUCAAGCUGUUUUACUUCAUUGGCUGGGGACUCCCUCUUUUGAUUACUUCCGUGUGGGCGGGGCUUAUGCAAGAGUUCCAUCACAAGGAAUGCUGGGAGAAAUAUGCGAACAACCCGCUCAUCUUCAUCGUUUUCAUCCCUAUACUCCUGGCUUUAGUUAUAAACAGUGCCUUUCUUGUCAAUAUUAUCCGAGUGUUGGUGGUAAAACUAAGGACUAACAACACAGUGGAGUCACGGCGAAUUAGGAAAGCUAUCAAAGCCACUGUGGUUCUCUUACCACUGCUUGGGGUAGCCAACCUUCUAUUUCUGUCACAGCCCUCGCAGUCUGGGACGGUCAUGGCCUUCUACAGAGUGGUCAAUACAGUUUUGCCUUCCUGCCAGGGUAUCUUCGUAUCCGUCCUCUACUGCUUCAUGAACAGCGAGGUAAGACCUCCACAUGUUUGUUUUGGACACUUCCUAUGUGGACUUUUUGUUCCAACCCAGAAAGGGCGGAAAAAGUGUGUUUAGGAGGGGGGGGGGGGGAUUAUGGGCAGGCUUUCAUGAGUAAGGUACACUUUAUAAGUCACAAACUCUCUGGUGUACGAAUGAUAUUGUUUCUAUAGUAUGUAUCUGUUUGUCUUCCCUGCUCUGUGAUCGGCUGUUUCAUCCAUGAAAGCAUUCCCCCCCCCCCCACCCUCACUCUUUACCUUCUGAAGGUCACGGUGUGAGGCCCGCCUUAAAGAUCAAGGCAUCAUGGUGAAAUGAGAUGCUCGUCAUAAUGACAAAAUCGAAGAAACUGGCAUUCUUCUGUCAAUUUGGCAGUUUCUAUCGAAUUUUCGUCCUUUGAUUAAAAAACAUUACAGUGUGGAUUUUACUGAAAAAUGUUGAUUAAAGGCACAACAAUU